CUCUGUCUUUCUUGGAUCGAUCAAUGGAGGUCCCCCUCCAAUCCGUUUCCCACUCCACCCCAUAUAUCAUCAACCAACAACAACACAAUCUCUAGCUCUCUCUCUCUCUUUCUCUCUCUCUCUCUUUCUUGAUCAUAUUCAUAUAUAUUUUGAUCUCCAUAUAUUCAAAACACUAGCUACUCGCUUGUUGUUAUUAUUAUUAUGAGGAAGGGUAAUUCAGAUUAUGACGAUGACAGUGGUAGUGGAAGGUCAAGCAGUAAAAAUAAUAGUAAUAAGAAAGUGGUGGCGGCGAUGAGAAAAGGGCUGUGGUCGCCGGAGGAAGACGAGAGGCUGAUGAGGUACAUGUUGACCAACGGUCAAGGGUGUUGGAGUGACAUUGCUAGGAAUGCCGGUCUUCAGAGGUGUGGGAAGAGUUGUCGUUUGCGUUGGAUUAAUUACUUGAGGCCUGAUCUUAAGCGUGGUGCUUUCUCUCCUCAAGAGGAACAUCUUAUUCUUCAUCUUCAUUCCAUUCUUGGCAACAGGUGGUCACAAAUAGCAGCUCGUCUACCUGGAAGAACGGACAACGAAAUAAAGAAUUUUUGGAACUCAACACUAAAGAAAAGGUUGAAAUUAGUCAACAACAACACAUCCACCACUACUACUACUACUACGACAACAUCAUCAUCAUCACCAAACGACAGCAAUUCAUCAGAACAAGAUCAACCACCACCACCACCAUUAUUCACAGCAGACCACCCCGUCCUCAACAACAACAACAACGUUGGAGAUCAAGCACAACAACCGAUGCUCACGCAACAGGUUCCCAUGCACUCGGACUACUACUACUACGACUACUCAUCCUGCUCUUCAUCCACCACGACAGUUCCUGGUCAGUUUGACCCUUUCUGCACGCACAUUAUUCCAGAUUACACUACUCCUACUACUACUACUACUACUACUACUCAUAAUGCAGACAGCUUUGGCUAUCAUAAUUCAUCAUCAGAUCAUCAUAAUCAUAUCAUUAAUCUUGGAGAUUAUGGGGUUUUGGAGACUGCUCGUGAUCAUGAUCAUGAUCAGUGCUUAUUUGGUCUUCCUCAACUGGAGAGUUGUAGAACCAAAAUUGAAGAGAAUCAUCAUCAUCAUCAUCACAAUAUGGCCUCAUUAACUGAUAUCAGAGCAAGUACUACUACUACUAAUAAUAAUAGUAGUAUUAGUAUUGGACAUGAUCAUCACCAACUACAAGGAGAAAACUUGAAAUUUGGAGAAUGGGAUUUGGAGGGUUUGAUGAUGCAAGAUAUAUCUUCCUUCUCUUUCCUUGAUUUCCAAGGCUAAUAUAACACCCCAAUUGGACCCCCAUUUCAACUCUUCUUAAAAUCCUCUUUUUUUUUUUGGUCAAAGAUUCCAUUUUUUCAAUACCCUUUUGAGUUUUGAUAUUCCUUUUUCAAACAAAAAAGCCUUUUUUCUUUUUUCUUUUCUUUAUUUGUUGUCUUCUUUUGAUGUCCAUAUACAUAGCUUAUUAGAUCGACCACAGAGAAAAGAGAGCUUUUGUUAUACGUUUUCAGGCAGAAUUGGUUGGUGCAAUAAUCAUCGUUCCAUACUGAAAGAGAGAAAAUGUGAUUAUAGUGUACUAUAUAUAUAUAUAUAUACAUAUAUACAAGUAUAGAAGUUGUACUUGUACGUAGAGAUAUUCAAUAUAUAUAGAGAGAGAAUAAAAUAUUAUUAAUAAUUUGUUGGUGCU